CAGUACAUUCGUUCACAUACACUCUGUUAUACAAGAGGAACGGUACACUGAGUGUGUAUAGGGUGUGUAGAGUGUGAAUGUGUGUGUGUUUGUAGUAUGUGUGUUUAGUCUACUCAGUAGUCUAGAAGUGGGACAAAUCAAAAUGAGGACAGCAAGUGUACAAGAGUAGGAAAACUGUAACAGUCACUGUCAACUGUAACGGCUCUCCUCUUCGUCUGAUGAUGAGGAAUAGGAAUCAUCGGACAACACGCAGCGUGUCAUCCCAGUACUGCCUGAGGUUUGACCAUUCCGUUCCACUGGGGCAUGACGGAGGCCUCGUGCGAGACGUAAAGCGUUGUGUGUGUGUUUGUGUCCGUGUGUGUGUCACAGAGAGAGAGUAACGGAAAGAGAGAGAACUAAAAUUCGAACACAAAAAACAAGACUCAACAUGCUACCACACACUAAGAGCCAGACACUGUCGUAAGCCAACAGAGUUUUACAGUCAAAUGUGUGCCCUGUUCUGAGGGUUGAGAGCUAGGCAUGUUGGGUAAAGACCCCCCCACCACCAGCAGCCUUAACCUGAUGACCUCUGACAUCGCUGUGGAACCCAGUGACAUCACAGACGGCCUCGGCAUCAGCAGGAAGAUGUCGGAGGUAGUUGAGAGUUUGGACACCAGAGAGUUGGACAUGGGAGAUGGAGAGGAGACUGACAAUGACCCUACCACCAUAGGGGACAGUCGUAUAGGGUUCAGUGCUGUGUAUCACACCGUGGGUUUUAAGGAGUCUGAAGCCAGGGUCUAUCUCCCUACUGUCCCCAUCACUGCUAAGAUACUGGAGGUGGAGAGGUUCAACACAGCCCAGGACAGGUUCAACAUCACGGCACAGAGGAGUGUCAACAAGAGUCAGCCUGCAGUGUUUAAGAUUGAGCUGAGACAUGGAGAGUUCAGCUGGGUGGUCAAGAGAAAGGAGAAACACUUCAUGGACCUCCACAGAGAACUGGUCCGAUACAAGAUGUUCAUGAGGGUACCGCUACCCUCCCGCAGCCACACAACGAGGAGGAGGACAAUGAAGAAGAGUGAAGCCAGACAUAUUCCUGAGCUACCCCGUGGCGGCGAUGAGUUGGCACAAGACGAACAGGUCUACAGCAGAAGGAAACAGCUGGAAGAUUAUCUGAACAAGCUGCUAAGGAUGGCCAUGUACAGAAAAUACUACCACACUAUGGAGUUUAUAGACGUCAGCCAGAUGUCCUUCAUCCAUGACCUGGGACCUAAAGGACUGGAGGGGAUGAUACACAAGCGUUCCGGAGGUCAUCGUAUCCCAGGCUUGAACUGCUGUGGUCACAGUGAAGUCUGCUACCGCUGGUCUAAACGCUGGUUGGUGGUGAAGGAUUCGUUCCUCUUCUACAUGAAGCCAGACUCAGGAGCCAUUUCCUUUGUUCUCCUGUUGGACAAAGAGUUCAGCGUCAAAAUGGACUCCAAAGACACAGAGACCAAAUACGGAGUACGCAUCGACAGCCUCUCCAGGUGCCUUGUACUGAAGUUGAACAGCUACAGACAUGCUCGGUGGUGGGGCCAGGCGAUAGAAGACUUUGUCCGUAAACACGGGAGGGCGUUUCUACGAGACCAUCGAUUUGGUUCCUUUGCUCAGGAGGAGCAGAACAUCCCUGCCAAAUGGUAUGUGAAUGGGAAGACCUACAUGGAAGAUGUAGCCGAUGCUCUGGAAGAAGCUAAAGAAGAGAUCUUCAUCACUGACUGGUGGUUGAGUCCAGAGAUCUUCCUGAAGAGGCCAGUUGUGGAGGGAAACAAAUGGAGACUGGACUGCAUCCUCAAACGCAAAGCACAAUUGGGGGUUCAUAUCUUUGUGAUGCUGUAUAAGGAGGUGGAGCUAGCUCUGGGCAUCAACAGUGAAUACAGCAAGAGAACACUAAUGCACCUGCACCCCAACAUCAAGGUGAUGCGCCACCCGGACCAUGUGUCGUCGUCUGUCUACCUGUGGGCACAUCACGAGAAGAUCAUCGUCAUCGACCAAUCAGUGGCCUUCGUUGGCGGGAUAGACCUGGCGUAUGGUCGCUGGGACGACCGAGAGCAUCGCCUGACAGACGUGGGGAGUGUGACACGCUCUGUUGCCCUGGAGAUGGAGCAGUCUCAGAGCUCUGCCCACCAUCCCUCCAGUAGGGGAGUGUCCUCUGCUGAUGGUGCCGCCAAUAGCAACGGAGGCAAACAAUCACUGCCUGGCAACCCAGGGGUGGAGCUUCCACGGCUGAAGGGGAUUGGACGAACCAGGAGGAUGCACUUCUCCCUGGUCAAACACCUCCACAAACACACUCUGCAGCAUGCAGACAGCAUCAGCUCCCUGGACAGCGCUGGCAGUGGUUCAGUGCGAAGCCUCCAGACAGGUGUAGGAGAGCUGAGGGGUAACACCAGGUUUUGGCAUGGAAAAGACUACUGCAACUUCGUCUACAAGGACUGGAUACAGCUGGAGAAACCCUUCGAUGACUUCAUUGACAGGUACACCACUCCCAGGAUGCCGUGGCAUGACAUCUCCUCUGUGGUCCAUGGGAAAGCUGCCAGGGACGUGGCCAGACACUUCAUACAGCGCUGGAACUUCUGUAAGAUAAUGAAGCCUAAGUAUCAUUCUCUCUCCUACCCGUACCUCCUGCCCAAGUCUCACAGCAGUGCCAGCGAGCUGAGGUACCAGGUGCCCGACUGUGUUCCCACUAGAGUACAGGUGUUGCGGUCAGCAGCUGACUGGUCAGCAGGUAUUAAGUAUCAUGAGGAGUCCAUCCACAACGCCUACCUCCAGACUAUCGCCAGGAGCAAGCACUUCAUCUACAUAGAGAACCAGUUUUUCAUCAGUUGUUCAGACAACAAGAUGGUCUAUAACAAGAUCGGAGAAGCGCUAAUCGAGAGGAUCCUCAGAGCUCACAAGGAGGGCAAGAAGUUCCGUGUGUACGUGGUGACUCCACUACUUCCUGGGUUUGAAGGUGACAUCACAACAGGGGGAGGAAACGCCCUUCAGGCCGUCAUGCAUUUCAACUACAGGACCAUGAUCAGAGGUGAAUACUCCAUCAUCUCCCAGCUGAAGAAAGAAAUGGAUGAACUACAGUGGAUGAACUACAUCUCGUUCUGUGGUCUGAGGACCCACGCUGAGCUGGAGGGACGCCUGGUCACAGAGCUCGUCUACGUCCACAGCAAGAUGCUCAUCGCAGACGACAACACCGUCAUCAUCGGUUCGGCCAACAUCAACGACCGCAGCAUGUUGGGGAAGCGUGACAGCGAGGUGGCGGUGAUCAUUGAGGACUCUGAGACCGUUACUGCGGUGAUGGACGGACAUGAGUACCAGGCUGGACGCUACGCACUGGCGCUACGUCUAGAGUGCUUCAGGACUAUCCUUGGAGCCCAUAUGGACACGACCAUAGAUGUGUCUGACCCUAUCUCUGACCACUUCUAUAAGGAUGUCUGGAUGACCACCGCUGGACGCAACGCAACCAUCUAUGAGAAGGUGUUCCGGUGCCUGCCGUCCUCCCUGGUUCGUAACAUGUCUGAGUUAGAGAGUUACCAGACGAACCCAGGCCUGGCCCAGUCUGACCCAGGUAAAGCCCAGGAGGAGCUAAGGAGGAUCAGAGGGUUCCUGGUUCAAUUCCCUCUGGACUUCCUCUCAGAACAGAACCUAAUGCCUUCUGUUGGGACCAAGGAGGGCAUGGUGCCUACUGAGAUCUGGACCUAGAGGACUAGAUACACACACACAGACCACUGCAUUGAACUGUGGAUCUUUAGAAUGAAGUUGAACUCUGGACCUCGAGCUGAUAGCUGACAACUUAAACCACAAACAUGGAGGACCAUGAUGCUGCUUGGCCCGUCACAUCCACAACUCAGCCAAUGAGACUGAUUGCCACGUGGACUAAUGAGGAAGUGCAGGGUUCUCAUAUCCAUUCAGGAGGACGCAGCGCUACAGGAUAUUCAGAUAGAAAUAUAUUGUGUAGAGCAGAUCAUCACUUCUCAUCAUGUAGGAUAGGGACCUGGUUAGCUCCAUAUUCAUAUAUUUCUAUCUGCAAAUGUAUAGGUUUAGAAUGUUUCACCUGACUGAAUACACCUGAAAAUGGGUGAAGAAAAUGAGAACCUUAUUCCAAGUAGAACCUCCUUCAUUUCUAAAAGUUUUGUCCUGUUUUGUGCCUUCUGAACACGACCCUGGACACUCCUAUGCCUGUCACCUACUCCGUUGGUUAUGCAUGUUCGUAUGGACGUAGCACUACGUAAGCUUAUACACUGUCUUUAGCUGUAGUGCCUAAAGUUCUGUUAUUUCUUUCUAGAAUGGAGGUUGUCUUUGAGAAGAACACAUGUAAAUGUUUACAAUCUAAAUAUGGAAUUGUUCUGUAAAAUCGUAAUUGUAAAACGAGACUUUUAAAGCUCACCAUAAAUGUCAUGUUAAAUUAACCACAAAACACGAUUAAAAACUCACUGAAUUUCAGCAGGAAUCGCAACUACCUACAGCCUUCGGGCUUCUGCCUUUAAGUAUACCUACUGUUCUAUCACUCCUUGUAAGUAUUUGUAUUGCCAAUUGUAUACAUAAUGUAUCAUAUUGCCAAUUAUUUAAUUAAAUCAUCAAUCCCAUAA